CUUUUCACGUAUUGAAUAUAUACAUAAUGGAUCCGUUACAAAGUCAGAAAAGUGGUAAAGGAAGCAGUAUUAGUUUAGAAAAUAAUAGACAAGCACAAUUAUCUUUCAAAAAUAGCCUAAUUGAUACAGAAGCAUCUUCUAUAAGUCUACCUUAUGGUUCUGAUAUAAUUGAGAUAUUUAAUGAGGAUUCUUCUGAUGAAGAGAAUGAGGAACUUGCAUUAAAAAUUUAUAAAGGCCAAAUAUUUUAA